UUAUGCCGAAAUGAUUCACGCAUUAAUGAGUUAGAAAAUGCUGCUCCAAAGUGUAAUAUUCUACAUUAUGGUUCUUCUGGACCAACAGAAAAUGAUGGAACCUUACACAGUGUUAGUGAAGAAGAACAAGCUGCUUUUUCUAGCUGGCUUGAAAGGAUGACCAAGAAUGUCAAUGUUAUUUUCCAUUUUCUGAAGAUGGCGAAGAUAUAUAUGCGAAAUGCAAAAAUGGAUUAUUGCUUUGGUGAACUUUUAAUUUUAUUUAAAAUAUUUUGUCAGAAUUAUGUUAAAAUUAUAAACUGCUCAGCUCCUGGUACUAUUGAUAUGAGAGCUGUCAAUAAUUGUUCCAAGUUGACUACAUUUCAAAUAAAUGAAAAUAUCAACUUAGCUCUUAAUAGUGCCCGCGCAAUAGGCUGUAAUGUGAUAUUGCAGGCUAGAUAA